AUGUUUUACACGGAAAUCAGGACUUGUUGCACAUCAAAGAACUCACACGGGGGAGAAAAGCCUUAUGCCUGCUUUGAAUGCGGGAAAUGUUUUACUUGGAAAUCAGGACUUGUUCUACAUCAGAGAUCUCACACAGGAGAAAAGCCUUAUGCCUGCUCUGAGUGCGGGAAAUGUUUUUCAGAGAAGACCAAUCUUUACAGACAUCAGAGGAUUCACACUGGGGAGAAACCAUAUUUCUGUAGUGAGUGCGGGAAAUGUUUUACACGGAAAUCAGGACUUGUUCUACAUCAAAGAUUUCACACGGGGGAGAAGCUUUAUUCUUGCCCUGGGUGCGGAAAAUGUUUUUCAGAAAAGUCCAGACUUUACAGACAUCAGAGGAUUCACACAGAGAAGUCGUAUUCCUGUUCUGAGUGCGGGAAAUGUUUUUCACAGAAAUCAGACCUUGUUACACAUCGAAGAUCUCACACAAGCAAGAAGCCAUUUUCCUGCCCUGACUGUGGGAAAUCUUAUCCACGAGGGGAGAAGCCGUAUUCCUGCCCUGAGUGCGGGAAAUGCUAUAGGAGGAAAUCAGACUUUGUUAUCCAUCAAAGAUCUCACACGGGGGAGAAGCCGUACUCCUGCCCCGAAUGUAGUAGAAGUUUUUUUUUGGAGAAGUCCAAGCUUUACAGACAUCAGAGGACUCACAAGGGGGAGAAGCCGUAUUCCUGUUCUGAGUGUGGGAAAUGUUUUUCAAAGCAUUCAGACCUUGUUAAACAUCCAAGAUGUCACAGAGGUGAGAAUCCAUAUUCAUGCACAGAGUGCGGGAAAUGUUUUCGAGUGAAACGGAGUCUUUACAGACAUCAGUUGAUUCACACGGGGGAGAAGCCGUAUUCCUGUUCUGAAUGCGGGAAAUGUUUUUCACAGAAAUCAGACCUUGUUCGACAUCAGAGAUCUCACACGGGGGAGAAGCCGUAUUCCUGUCCUGAGUGCGGGAAAUGUUUUUUACAGAAAUCAGACUUUCUUAGACAUGAAAGAUCUCACAUGGGGGAGAAGCUGUGUUCCUGUCCUGAGUGUGGGAAAUGUUUUUCAAAGCAUUCAGACCUUGUUAGAUAUCAAAGAUCUCACACAGGGGAGAAGCCACCUCCCUCAUCAGAGUGCGGGAAAUGUUUUUCACAGAAAUCAGACUUUCUUAGACAUCAAAGAUCUAACAUGGGGGAGAAGCUGUGUUCCUGUCCUGAGUGUGGGAAAUGUUUUUCAAAGCAUUCAGACCUUGUUAGACAUCAAAGAUCUCACACGGGGGGGAGAAGCUGUGUUCAUAUCCUGAGUGCGGGAAAUGUUUUUCAAAGCAUUCAGACCUUGUUAGACAUCAAAGAUCUCACCCUGCGGAGUGGCUGUGUUCCUGUCCUGAGUGCGGGAAAUGUCAGGUCUUCACAAACAUCAGAGGAUUCACAGGGGGGGGGAAAAAAGCCGCAUUCAUUUCCUGAAAAGCCACAUUCCUGGCUUGAGUGUGGAAAAUGUUUUUUUUUUUUUUGA